CUCUGGUCAAUGCAUCCUCCUCCUCAGUGACACAAAGGGGACCGGUGCUAUAAAAGAAGUGUAUGUUCCCUCAACGUUCACACUUCCCUCUCCUCGUCGUCACACAGCGUCCUUCAGCUUUCAGCCUCAGCUGCGUCCGUAAGAUCAGGAGCUAAGAUGACUUUCUACGAUGACAUUUACCCAUUCUACGUUCUACAAAGGACCUCCUUCAUCUUCAGUGGCAGCCUGCUCACCAUUAUUCUGGUCUUCCUUGUGCUAGCGGUCAGUCUUCUUCUCAUCCUGCCGGGGAUACGAGGGAAGACGAGGCUGUUCUGGAUGUUUCGUAUUAUUAUCAGCUUGUUCAUAGGUGUGGUGAUAGUGGCGCUCAACUUUACUAGCGACUGGGCUGAGGCCAGAAUGACCACUAAUGCCACCUACAAGUCUUUCAGCAACGUAGUGGUUAACGCUGAGAUCGGCUUGCAUGUCGGACUGUAUGGCAUUAAUGUCACACUAAAGGGGAAUCCUGUCGUGCAGUUCAAUGAGACCAUUGACUACAAUGAGAUGUUCAGCUGGCAUCACACUAUUGAAGAAGAGUACGAGGAAGCUCUGGAGAAAGGUUUACCCACCCCUAUCCUGUACAUCGCCGAGAAAUUCACCCGGAGCAGCCCAUGUGGACUCAUCUUUCAGUACAGAUACUCUGGACGAUACGCCUCUGCAACCCUCUGGACGGCGUUUUGCUGCUGGAUGCUCGCCAAUAUCCUCUUCUGCAUGCCGGUCAUCCUGUAUGCCGGCUACAUGAUGCUGGCCACCGCUGCCUUCAUCUUCUUCUCCAUGGCCUCCUUCUCCACCAUCAUGAACGUGCCACAGUGUGUUUUCUCCUUAGGAACAGACUCCUUUGAAACCCAGUACAGCAAUUCCUUCUGGCUGGCUCUAGCCACUGGCGUGCUGUGCACCGUCAUUGGGAUACUGGUGGUGAUGCUCUACUUUCUGGUGCCAGAGAAGAUAAAAGAAGCUUUCAGUGUCGGUGUCGACAGUUAUGAGGAUGAGGACAUUUCUUACGGCGAGGGCUACCUGAAUACGGUUUUCCUUGAUGGAGUGACAGUUUCUACAUUGACAUCAAAAGACAUGGCGGAACAUAUAUGAAGCUACCCGGGUAUCCCUCAGGGAGCUCUCCAGCCAAUACUUGAAGAUAUUUUUGCUGAAUGUGUAACAGAUGGAGUGUCUAUAUUCACACCUGUUUUAGUUAUCUACAAGCCUGAUUCCAAAAA